CCCUUGGUUCUAGUCCACCCAGUACCCGCCUUCCCUCCACCCUCCCUCUUCCCACCUCCUCCCCUCCCAACCACCCCCUUUGCUGGUCACGUGGCUGGGCCCCCCUCACGAGCCCGUGGGAGGAAAGGAGAGGGAGGGGAGGAGAGGAAGGCUGGCGGGGGUGGGGAAAGGGAGGAGGAAAGGGAAGGGGGUCGUGAGGGGGCGGAGUGCGGGCCCCUUGCCCUGAGCAGCCUUGGCAACAGCAGUGGUGGCGGUGGCCGGGCCGAGGUGCGUCAGGCAGCUGGGGCAGCCUUGGCUCCAGCUCGGGAGGCGAGGACACUCCUUUCUGUGGAGUUGAAGGAGGGAGGAGUAGGCAGCGGAUCCCCGAGCUUCCUCAGCUUGACUCCUCGGCCUCUCUGCCAACAGGCCCCACCUGUCCCUUUCGGGACCCACAGACGGACAGUCGGACGCACUCACGGGCAGCCUAACGCUAAGAUCCUCCAGUAUGGCUUCAGCAGCCACACCUAAAUAUAACUCCCGCUCUUUGGAGAAUGAUUCCAUUAGGAGGAGCUCAAGAGAUGGAUUUACUCGAGACCUCUGUGAAGAAAUUCCUCGACUUCCAGGAGAAACUAGAAUUACUGACAAAGAAGUAAUUUACAUAUGUCCAUUCAAUGGCCCCAUUAAAGGACGAGUUUACAUCACCAAUUAUCGAUUGUAUUUAAGAAGCUUCGAAACAGAUUCUGGAGCAUUACUCGACAUUCCUCUGGGUGUCAUUGCAAGAGUUGAAAAAAUGGGAGGAGCUUCAAGCCGAGGAGAGAAUUCUUAUGGACUAGAUAUUACUUGCAAAGAUAUGAGAAAUCUGAGAUUUGCUUUGAAACAAGAAGGUCACAGCAGACGAGACAUAUUUGAAGUCCUCACAAAAUAUGCCUUUCCACGGUCACAUGGUUUGCCAUUAUUUGCUUUUUUAAAUGAAGAAAAGUUUCCUGAAAACGGGUGGAUGGUAUAUAAUCCAAUUGAAGAAUAUCGAAGGCAGGGAUUGCCCAAUGACCAGUGGAGAGUAUCUUUUGUCAAUAAACGCUUUGAAAUGUGUGAAACGUAUCCUUCCAUUCUGGUGGUACCAUAUCAUUCCACAGAUGAUGAUCUCAGGAAAGUUGCAACUUUUAGAUCCCGUAAUAGAAUUCCGGUGCUGUCCUGGAUUCAUCCAGAAAAUAAGAAUGUCAUUAUGCGCUGCAGUCAACCUCUUGUUGGUAUGGGUGGCAAAAGGAAUAAAGAUGAUGAAAAAUAUCUUGAUAUUAUCAGAGAAGCUAAUGGACAGAUUUCCAAACUUGCAAUCUUUGAUGCAAGACCCAGUGUAAAUGCAGUAGCCAAUAAGGCAACAGGAGGAGGAUAUGAAAGUGAUGAUGUCUAUCAUAAUGCAGAAAUUUUCUUCCUGGAUAUUCAUAAUAUUCAUGUCAUGAGAGAAUCCUUAAGAAAACUGAAGGAUAUAGUUUAUCCUAAUGUAGAAGAAUCUCAUUGGCUAUCAAGCUUGGAAUCAACGCAUUGGCUAGAGCAUGUCAAGUUUGUCUUGACAGGAGCUAUUCAAGUUGCAGAUAAAGUGGCCUCUGGAAGAAGCUCAGUGUUGGUGCAUUGCAGUGAUGGAUGGGAUAGAACAGCACAGCUCACAUCUCUAGCCAUGCUAAUGUUAGACAGCUACUACCGAACCAUUACAGGCUUUGAAGUAUUAAUACAAAAAGAGUGGAUAAGCUUUGGACACAAAUUUGCAUCGAGAAUAGGUCAUGGGGAGAAAAAUUAUGCUGACACUGACCGCUCUCCCAUUUUUCUUCAAUUUAUGGAUUGUGUAUGGCAAAUGUCUAAACAGUUUCCUACAGCUUUUGAAUUCAAUGAACAAUUCUUGAUCACCAUUUUGGAUAAUCUCUACAGUUGCCGUUUUGGUACCUUCUUAUUCAACAGUGAAUAUGCUCGAGAAAAAGAGAAAGUAAUGAUGAAAACUCUUUCUUUGUGGUCAAUGAUAAACAGCGAUAAAGGAAAGUACACAAAUCCUUUUUAUACUAAGGAGCUGAACCGAGCUUUAUACCCAGUUGCUAGCAUGCGCCAUUUGGAACUCUGGGUGAAUUAUUACAUUAGAUGGAACACAAGGAUGAGGCAACAACAACCAGAUCCAGUGGAGCAGCGUUACAUGGAGCUGUUAGCUUUGCGGGAUGAAUAUGUGAAGAGGCUUGAAGAAAUGAAAAUGACCAACUCCGCCAAGCUCACCAGCCCCUCAGCUUCCUCUUCAGCCCCCUCCCAAAUGAUGCCCCAUGUUCAAACUCACUUUUAAAAGGAGAAUCGGCAUUCUCUGGAACCACGCACUAGUGUAGAUCUCCUAUCCUUAAAAGGAAUUUUUGAAUGCUUCAGAUUUGCACAUUUUUUCUUAGUUCUUUCUUUUUUUUUCUUUUGCGUCCACAUAGAACUUGAACUAAAGCAGUCCUAACCUCUUAAAAUAUGUGCCUUUCAUAGUACACUAUAUGAGAGAGAUGCAACAUCCUAGUAGCAAUCAGAAUACUAGAAAGUAUUUUGAGAAAAAUGUAAUACAAUUAGUUUUUUAAAGUAUUUUUAUUAAUAUAACUGUAGUUUAUGUCCUAAAUACUAUGGAUACAAUCUAGUUUAUGUAUUUAAAGCAUCAGUGUUUUGAAUUAGAGGUUAAAAAGUUAGGAAUCCAUUUUUCCCCUAGUUUAUUCUAACAGCUUACGUUACUUUAUAUUGUCUAAAAUGCAACCAGAUCUAAAAGAUGUUAGUGUUAAUGCCAAUAGAAACAUCAAACUUGCUUAGUGUAGGUCUCCAGAAGUGAGGUGUUUUACAUAAUGGCCAAAUUCUUUACCAUUGCAAAUGAUGCAUUUAGGAAAAGUAGGUGAGAGUUUUUUCCUCAUUUUGGAAAUGAAACUUUGUCUCAAAUAUAUUUAAACUCACCCCAUGGCAAACUUAUGGAAGGAUAUAAAAAAAAGAGUUGUACAGUCUGGGCAAGCAUAGAUGUGUUGGGAGCUGCGUUGUUGGAAGGGACAUCCCCAUCAGUACAGUCAAAGGUCCAGUUCAGCACGUGGAGGAGAGGUCUAUUUUUCCAUGAAAACAUCUUUCUGGUAGGUCUCAAUUAAUUUAUAAGUUUUCCAAGUGUUUUCUAAAUAUUUUCUGUCAAGAAGUUGUCUAAAAUAGGGACGGGUUUUUAGUUUGGAACAAAACCUCAUUAUAGCUUCAUCAUAAAUGUCCCCGUUCUGCUGCUCUUGUCAAUAUUUUCAGAAAAUCUGUGCCUGGCCAGAGCAGCCUGCAUAGGUACCAAAGUUGGAUUGAGCAUCUCUCCUGUAGAUUUUUGCUGCGUUAUCAAUCUUAAGGUGACUCUCCAUGGGUUCAUUUCAUCUGAGGGUGUGUGUCCUUCUUGAGAGGCUUGUGAGAAGUUUUGGUUGAAAUGGUUUUUCCAUUUAUUACGUAAAACUGAUUCGACAACCUCUUACUUGAAGCAUUUGGCAAUUUGCUUUUUUUCGGGUAUGCCUUUCAGUGCUAUUAAAUGCAGUUUAAGAAGCACAGACCUUCCUCUUUGUUAUUUGAACUAAUUCAUAUGGUAAACCUAUUUUGAGAAGCACUUGGGCUAUUCAGAUACAUUCAAUAUGUUUUACAGUAAUUUGUAAAGAACUAUUUAUAGCUGUGAUUAUAUUUUCACAUAGUUAUCUGAGCAAGGAGAAACUUAUCUUUGUAAAUUAUUGUAUAGGCCAUAGCUGCGUGGGUCUACCAAAUAAGCCAUCCAGAUACAGUAGUAUAAUAAACAGAGUAUGUAUGUAAGCAUAGAGACAGGGUUUUAGACAUGAUCGUUCUUUUUUAAACACUGUAACACUGUAAAUAGUUCAUAAAUUGCAUUUUAACCACACGUUUUAGUCCCAUAAAAAUUAAGCAGAGUAGCUUAAUAGGACUUUGGGAUGUGUUAUGAAAACUUUUUCACUGCAAUAAUAAUUGAACACCUGCUAUGAUCAAUGUAUUGUACUAAAAAAAAUUGCACUAUAUUUUCAGGGAAAUAACUAUUUGUAUUAUGUUCUAAAUUCCCAGGAUUUCUACUUAUAAUUUCCUCUUUCUGUGUUUUGUAUGCUUUUCAUUGUAUUUCAAGUAGCAGUGUUCUAAGGUUCUUCAAAAGCUCUCUAAGCAUCAGUUAAUGGGCAUUUAACUAAGUGCAUUAAUUCAGUGAGCAAGGAGACUCAACUUAUACACGUAUAACUUUAUAAUACAGAUUUGAAAGCAUAAUUGCCUUUAUUCUGGAUUUUGUUUUUAAAGUUCUAGGAGGGAUAUACGGAGUGAAGCUUCAUGGGGCAGAGAGCACUUGAUAGUAUGGGAGAAAAUUAUAAACCUGCAUAUGAUUUUUUUUUACUUAGUCAACAUUUUAUGACAAUAAGCUGAACCUGGGUGAAACUUGUACGGCAAGAAUUAUAAUCACAGUUUGAUGACAUUAAGCAAAUUUCCAUUAAGACAUCAAGAGACCAAUUGAGAUCGUAUCCUCUCUUUUGAUGGAGUAAGUAAAUCAUUCUAAGUCUGCCUGGAAAAACCUGUUUGUUGAACAUGCAUCAGAAAACAAAAAUGUAAUGGAAUACUUUUUCAUUUGUUCUUAAAUUGGCUAUCAUUAAAUAAAAGGCUAUGAAAAUA